AUGAGUGUAACUAAUGCAAAAGAAAAUGUAAAAAGUUCUGCAAAAAUACCUUCACCAACUGGACCAGAAUUAUCAAAAGAUUUACAAAAGACUCUUGAUAAUUUAUCUGAAACUUCGCUUAUAUUUUACAAUAAUCUUA